AUGCCUGCCAUCCGGGGACAAGACUCCAAGAAGAAGACGCGUAGACACACGCGCGACCUCGACCAGGUCCACGCUGACCUGCGCGACGAGAAGCACCUCGCAGAGUUCAAGAAUGCGAAGCCCAUAGAAGACCUGCCUGGUCUGGGGCAGAACUACUGCAAAGAAUGCGCAAAGUUUUUUGAGAGUGAGGCCAACAUGCUGGCGCACCAGAAGGGCAAGGUGCACAAGCGCAGAGUGAAGGCCUUGAAGGAAGAACCGUACUCGAUCAAGGAAGCAGAGGCAGGCAUGGGGUUCACCACGAACAACGGCAAGCGCACCGCUGCGCCUGCGCCCAUGGAGGUCGACGAUGCUGUUGCGGCCUGA